GAUCAAGUGCCCAGUGUAAGACACGGCGGUGUUCUCAGUGUAGGGGACACAGAAUACUACUGUAACACGUGUAAACAUGAAUUGUGUCUACAAUGUAAAGAGAGACAUGUUAUUGAUCUAGAGACCAUAUACCACGAUGUUGUGAUUUACCGUGAGAAGUAUGACAUCCCAAAUCUCGAGACUUGCGUAAGACAGACAGACAAAAUAUUAGUAUAUGAAAGGUACUGUUAUACGGGUGAAUUUCCUUUCUGUGCACAGUGUAAAAAACAUGAACAAAACAAAAUACUGAACAUUAGAACAGAAUAUAAAAGAAACCGUGAACAAAACAGAUACACCAUUCACAGGAUCAGAAGUGAGACUCUGUAUAAUAACUGUGUCUUACUGGCAUACAUUAAAGAUAAUUUAAGAUCUGGUCAAACCAAUAUCUUUAACCUUAAACAUGUGAAACUAAAGAUGUCAACAAAAGCCCAGACAUUAAAAGACCUGAUUGAUACUGUUAUGUGUGAUGUUGACGUUAAAAGGCUCGUGGACACAUGUAAUCAUAGAUUAAAACAACGGAAGAGAAAUAUUGCCAGCAUAGAAAAAUAUGAAUACAAAUAUCUACAAUCAGCAAACAGAGCGGUAAAAUUACUCUUGUUCCUUAAAAACACCUUCUUCCCAAAGAUAAAUGAAUUUCUAUAUAUUACACACAACGCCUCGCCUAACCUGACUAUGAAAAUCAUCAAGGAGGAUGUGGUUGACUUUCUGAGUGAAACCAAUGUCAUAGAGAGAGGACAAAGACAAAUAAGAGAUGAAGCUCAACUGGAACUGAUGUUUUUACCUUGGUUACACAGAUCAGUUAAACUGAACACUUCUGGUCAUAUUACACAUAUUUCUUGUCUCGAUGCAGACCGGAUCUGGGUCAGUGAAAGGCACAUUAAUUUUACUGUGUUUAUUUUGAUAAACACAAAAGGGGACGAUUUGCAUCACCUGGAAAGUAAAGGACUAACAGAUAAUUAUAAAUGGUAUAGUAUAUACGGAGCACACACAGUAGACAAUGACGGUGAACUAAUAUAUAUAGACCGUAAUAAUGAAAUUCACAAAUUUUCUACAGAUGAUAGAACAAAGUCUACACUGAUAAAAGGAAUUGACCUCUGGGAGCCACGAUGUAUCUAUUCCUCCCCACAUAAUGGAGACCCACUGGUGAUGUUAUAUUAUAAAAUGACAGGCAAGGUUAACCGUUACGAUAACACAGGACAACACAUACAGACAAUACAACAUGACAACAAGGGUCAGCAACUGUACAGGAACCCUAUAUACAUUACAGAGAACCGCAAUGGAGAUGUUGUUGUGUCUGACUUUGGUCGUGUAGUGGUGACAGAUGGUGGAGGGAGACAUCUCUUCUCCUACACAGGUCCUACAUUUCAAUCACGACUAUAUCCACAUGGAAUCUGUACUGAUGCGCUGUCACACAUCCUGGUGUGUGAUUUGUACUCCAACACAGUACAUAUGAUUGACAAGUACGGUCACUUUCUGUCACACAUACUGACACAAGCGGAAGGAAUAAACACACCACACAGCCUCAGUUAUGACAACAAAACUCAUCUCCUCUGGGUUAGUUCAUGGACAGACAAAACAGUGUGUGUAUAUAGCUACAUAAAAAGAAAGAGACAUAAGAUAGGUGAUUGCUAUUUAAUAUUUAUUAAUAUGAUAUAUUCCACGAAAAUCUGCCGUGGUUUUGUGGAGAAACUCUCCGACUCCGAGGAAAAAGUUGAGCCCGACGAAGAGGAAGUCCGGCCUGAUCCAACCGGAAGUGACCCCCCGAAGGAGGAGUCCCCGAAGCGAUCGGAGACGAUUCAGAUGAAGGUGUGGAGCAGCCAGUUACACCGACUGAAGAGGAAGACGGAGUCACUCAGAAAGAAGGACAAUGAAAUCAAAGAGAAAUAUAUGGAGAUUAGACGGAGAGCGAAGCGUGUGAUUUCUGACACUGGAUUCCCUCUCAUGGACAGCGAAGAUGACGCAACUCCAAUAAAAAGAGCGAAACUGUCCACCUCCGUAAACGACAGGGCCGACAGAAAACUAACCAAAGACAUUAAAAGGGAAUUCUCAACAAAACUACAGGCAUAUAAACUUCCGUGGGCUUAUGAAGAUCCCUGUUUCUUGCCUACAAAAGUGAAACGUGUGUCGGAGGAAAUAACGGAAGUGAACCAGAUGUAUUCGUCGCACCUGUUGGACGUCCCUAGGAGGCGAUAUAAAAUGCCACAGAAACGCCACUGGUCGGGAUCCGACAUUCCAACCGGAAGCGGAAAUGGCGACUCAUCCAUAUUUCCUAUUCCCUUCCCGAGGACUUUCCUGAAACAUGGAAAAAAGUGCACCAACUGCUGA